AUGGAUUCCGAGCUUCGAGUUUACAAGGCCAACAGCACCUACGAGGCCAACCUCCGCCGCCUGGCCGCCGUGCUCCCGGCCGAGACCGCCGCCUCCCAGAGCCUCCAGGCGACCCGCGGCGUGGGGUACUGGCCCAACCGGCCGCGAGCCUCCUCACAGUGCUACUGGGGCGUCAGCUCUUCGUCCUGCGCCGCCUGCGUCGCCGACGCCUUCCGGGAGGCGGAGAGGGCGUGCCCGCACGGCAAGAAGGCGGCCGUCUUCGCCCGCAACUGCACGCUCAGCCUCGCCGAUUUUCCUAGAGCUCUCGGCUUCCGCACCAUCAGUUGGCUUGACCUCUUGGGUCCGGGACUCAUAUUUCAAGCAAUUGGAUUUGCAUGGCUUUUCUUCCUGCUUCUGCAAGAAUGGCGUGAUAAAAGAAGAGCCUCUAUGAUGCGUUGUAGCUCUCUUCCGUCUGAAGAUCAGUAGUUGAUCAACUUGGUCAGACUAUUGGACAUCAGCCUAUUCCCAACAGGAGGAAACACUAAAAUUGGGCUCUACAACAACGCUCACAUGAUUACCUGAAUCGUGAUUUGAUGUUUUUUAGCGAACAUGGUUUGAUAUUGUCCUCCAAUUUGACUGUUUGCAUUGGUUACCAAUAAUUUCCAAGGCCCACUUCAUUUGUUCUGUUGUUUUCAUCCUAUUCUUCGGUCCACUCCUUCGAUGCUCCAAAUAUGUAUGUAUUUCCAACUUGCCAGAAACAGAGUUCCAGCUUGCGGCAGAUAUUAACUGAACACUCCUCACUUUCAUCAUUAAACUCUUAAACCUUGGUUGGAUCACUGCUUUGUGUCAUGGGCUC